ACCCAUGGAAUUUGCAUACAUUAGAGAGUCUACACCUCUAAGAGAAAGAUAAUUCUUCUGUUGAAAGUCGAUUCGGAAAACUAGAGAAAAUGCACUUUGCCUAAUAGAUAGAGGUGAGGAAGGACUGAUACUCCUUGAAGAAAUGUCAAGUAGGGGACUGCUCGAAGAACGAUCAGGAGAUCUCGAUAGUAUCGAUGUUAGAUCGCUGUUGUAAUGAUGUAGCAUAAUUAGUCGGGACAUCGAUGAAACGUUAUGUGGAAGGACGCGGUAAUGCUGGUUGUAUGCAUCACCACCGGAUUGACUUUGACAAAUACCAUCCUGGAUAUUUUGGAAAGCUUGGUAUGGUCAGAUAUCAUAAAAAAAACUCUAAAUGGCAGCCAGCCAUCAACAUUGAUAAAUUAUGGACACUUGUAAGUGAACUAACAAGACAGAAGUACAAAGAUGACCCUAAUGGAAAGGCCCCAGUUAUAAAGCUUAUUAAUGCUGGAUACUACAAACUUUUAGGAAAAGGAAGGUUGCCCGCUCAACCAGUCAUAGUGAAGGCUAGAUUCUUCUCUAAAAGGGCAGAAGAUAAGAUCAACGCUGUAGGAGGAGCUUGUAUUCCCCAAGUAGGCAUGGUUUUCAACGAUGCCUUUGUUUUUCCUAGAAGCAAAUUCGUUACAUAUGCUACUUACCACUUCGGACAAUUCCGCUGGGCUUAGUUGUGAUGUCUCCUAUCUCAGCCUUGGAUGAUCCUUGAACUUCUCUCUCAGCUCUUCCAUAUGCACAGUGUUCUCCGAGGUAUACAAUCACAGCCAUCCAGAAUAGUCUUUGAUGAUGAAAUACUUAAGGUUGAGUCGCUUGAGAUAGGAAACGU